AUGGUGAAAAAAACACCUACUAAUUUUGUCUCAUCUCCUAAUUCUCUUUUAACCAUAAUAGCCACAAUUUUAUAUCUUAUACCAUCACAAUUCCACUCAUUAACUCUCAAAGAUGAUAUUAAUUCUCUUCGUGAAAUAGCACAUGCCAUUGAUCCUAAUUCAAUUGCUCCAUAUUCUUAUAUUCGCAGUUGGGACUUCAAAGUUGACCCGUGUGAAAGCAAGGGUCCUCAAUUUCUUGGAAUAUUAUGUGAUUUGCCUUUAGAUAACUCCUCUAGUAGAAUAACAGCAAUUGAUCUUGAUGGAAUUGGUUAUGAAGGAUUCUUAACACCAGCUAUUGGAAACUUAACAGAGUUAACAAUAUUAAAUCUAAACAAUAACAAGUUUAGAGGACCAAUACCAGAAACCAUUAGAAAAUUGAGAAAACUCACUAGACUCUCGUUAUCCAAUAACUUUUUCACUGGUGCCAUUCCACGAGAAAUCGGUGAACUUAAGAAACUUCAAUAUAUUGACCUUUCAAUGAAUAGGUUUUCAGGCACAAUCCCUUAUGAUAUGACAAGUUUGAGAAGCUUAACAUACUUGAGUUUAUCUAACAAUAAUUUUUCAGGUAGAAUCCGAAAUCUCACUGGGUUAUGGCAAUUGAACACAUUAGACAUUAGUUUCAAUCAAUUUUUUGGUGAUCUACCAAAUCUUCCAGUGAGUUUAAGAAACAUUUAUUUCAGCCAUAAUAUAUUUUCAGGACCCUUGACACCUCUAAAGGAUCUCAUACACGUUAGAUGGUUAGAUAUAAGUGACAAUAGACUUUCAGGUGCUAUACAAAGAGACAUUUUCUCCUUAAGACAAGUUAUUCACCUUAAUGUUUCUUUUAACAGAUUCGCAUCAAUGGAUGUUAUUAAUUAUUCUGGACAAGGGCCACAACUUCACUUACUUGAGGCACAAGGAAACAAUUUGAGGGGUAAUUUGCCUAUAAAUUUGGUGAGCUUCACAAACUUGACUACUAUAAAUUUAUCAAACAAUCAAUUUCAUGGUAUUAUUCCAAAAGAAUAUGGACAAAAACUAAGCACACUCUGGAGACAAUUAUACUUGGAUCACAACUUUCUUACAGGAAAACUUCCAUUAGAGUUUACUCACACAUUAAAAAAUGUUAAAGUAAGUCUUGGAAACAACUGUCUCAACUGCCCAACAAAUGUUGUUCUCUGUCGUGGAGGACAAAGACCAGGAACAGAGUGUUCUGGCCAACACAACAUAUGA